CCCGGACCAAAAGGGGAGAUGGGACCUCCAGGACAAAAAGGAGAAAAGGGUCAGUGUGGAGAGUACCCGCACCGGGAGCACCUAAGCAGCUCUCUAGCAGCUCUGCGCUCCAACCAGAUAAUUACCCUGAAGGGUGAACAGGGCCAGGCUGGCAUCCAAGGCCCACCAGGGCCACCAGGCCCUCCUGGACCGGGCGGACCUCUGGGGCACCCAGGACUGCCAGGGCCCAUGGGGCCACCCGGCUUACCUGGGCCUCCUGGACCAAAGGGAGACCCGGGGAUCCAGGGCUACCACGGCCGGAAGGGAGAACGGGGCAUGCCAGGGAUGCCAGGAAAACAUGGAGCGAAGGGGGCUGCUGGAAUCGCUGUGGCCGGGAUGAAGGGUGAGCCUGGAAUCCCAGGAGCCAAGGGUGAGAAGGGGGCUGCGGGCUCCCCUGGGCUACUCGGCCUCCUGGGGCAGAAGGGAGAAAAAGGCGAUGCUGGCAACUCCAUUGGAGGAGGCAGAGGGGAGCCCGGUCCCCCAGGGCUCCCUGGGCCUCCAGGGCCAAAGGGGGAAGCUGGAGCUGAUGGCCAGGUGGGGCCCCCAGGACGGCAAGGAGACAAGGGGGAGCCUGGAGCAGCUGGAGAACAGGGACCUGCUGGCCCCAAGGGCUCCAAGGGUGAACCCGGGAAAGGAGAGAUGGUGGACUACAACGGAAACAUCAACGAGGCUCUCCAGGAGAUCCGAACACUGGCUUUGAUGGGGCCCCCUGGUCUUCCUGGGCAGAUCGGCCCCCCUGGAGCUCCAGGAAUCCCAGGCCAGAAGGGGGAGAUUGGACUGCCAGGCCCUCCUGGACACGACGGGGAAAAGGGACCUCGAGGCAAACCAGGAGAUGUGGGCCCUCCUGGUCCCCAAGGCCCCCCAGGAAAGGCUGGGGUUGCAGGAAUGAAGGGAGAAGAUGGCGCCCGGGGGAGUCCAGGAGAGAAGGGGGAGAAAGGGGAGACGGGGCAGCCAGGCCCACCGGGUCUAGACGGCCCAACUGGGGAGAAAGGAGAACCAGGUGACCAAGGGAAACACGGAGUGACCGGAUUGCCUGGCCCAAUCGGGCUCCCAGGAUUUACAGGAGAGAAAGGAGAACCUGGGGAGAAGGGUGACCCAGGAGUGGAGGUUUCUGGGCCACCAGGGCCAGAGGGGCCUCCUGGACCUCCGGGGCUCCAAGGCGUUCCUGGACCAAAGGGGGAAGCAGGACUAGAUGGAGCAAAAGGAGAAAAGGGCAUCCAGGGAGAAAAAGGAGACCGAGGUCCUCUGGGAUUACCCGGUACUCCAGGACCAAUUGGAGUUCCAGGCCCAGCGGGACCAAAGGGAGAGAGGGGCAGCAAAGGUGACCCUGGGAUGACAGGACCAACGGGAGCAGCUGGGCUUCCUGGUUUACACGGACCACCCGGGGACAAAGGAAACCGGGGGGAGAGGGGGAAGAAAGGCUCUAGAGGGCCUAAGGGGGAUAAGGGAGACCAAGGAGCGCCUGGAUUAGAUGCCCCCUGUCCAUUGGGUGAAGACGGCUUGCCGGUCCAGGGCUGCUGGAACAAGUGAUGCCUCUAACCUGGGAUUGGCCUGUGUGUGUGUUUGUACAUAGAAUAUUUAUUUUUAUACAGUUUUCACUUUUGGGAAGUGCCCGAAAUAUGAUGCAUCUUACAAAUUACUAAAAACGGAAAACCUGCAUAUUUUGUACAGAAAAUACCAACGUCUUCCCUUUUGUUUACAAGCUGUUUUGUGUACACCUGAGACUCUAAUACACUUUGUGUUUGUGAGUACAGCUGUGCGUCUGCAUGAUAUUUGUGUACAGUCAUUAGAUAUUGCAGCGUAAUAAAUUAUUGUGUUCUGGUGCCAAUGAGGGCCAAACAGCACUCGGGGCUGGCUAGUUUCUGUGUGACUUCACAGAAACGUGGAGGUCCGCGGGGUUUGCUAAGCUAGCUAGGUGUGUCUCAGAACAUUUUAAGCUCUUAUGGAUGUUCAUUAUUAAAAAAGAAUGAAACAUGGCAAUUCUUGAUCCUGAUUCAUCACUAAACUAAAUACAUUCUUUUCUUGUGAAAUCAGGAAGUCCCAGAAGCAGGGAUAUAAUGGCUUGAACCAUGAAGGCCAACGGAGGGAGGGCCAGGACUAUAUUAAAUAAUGUGUAUUGUAAUACACCCCAAGUUCAUUACAGUGCCAUGUGCGCGUAUAAGGUUCAGUUGUGCUGAAACCCUCCAAGCCCCCAGGGUUGCAAAGGGCUACUUGCUACUGCUUUUGGGUUUUGCUGGUUUAUUUGUUUUUCUUCCUUUUUGAGCUGUAAUCACUAGUAGCUGCUGUUGCUGCUGAUGGCCAUUCAUUUGCGAUAGAUUUGCCAGGUCCACUCACAACUACCAGUUGAAAAUUUUGCCUCAUAGACAUUCCACUCCAAAAAAGAACAUUCAGAAAACACGAAUC